GAGAUCAAGUUACAAUAAGCUUUGACGAAAAAGAAUGGCGGCAACAUCACCACUCUACAAUCAGCUCAAGGAUGCUCAACCGUUCUUCUUGUUGGCUGGUCCAAAUGUGAUCGAAUCCGAGGAGCAUAUCCUUCGAAUGGCAAAGCACAUCAAACACAUUGCCACAAAAGCUGGGUUGCCUCUGGUUUUCAAGUCAAGUUUUGAUAAGGCUAACAGAACUUCUUCUAAGUCCUUCCGAGGUCCUGGCAUAGCUGAGGGUCUCAAGAUUCUUGAGAAGGUGAAAGUAGCAUAUGACCUACCAAUAGUAACUGAUGUUCAUGAAUCAAUCCAGUGUGAAGAAGUUGGCAAGGUUGCAGAUAUAAUUCAGAUACCAGCAUUCUUAUGUCGCCAGACAGAUCUUCUGGUUGCGGCAGCCCAAACCGGAAAAAUUAUCAAUAUCAAGAAAGGACAGUUCUGUGCUCCUUCUGUAAUGAAUAAUUCGGCAGAGAAGAUCAGACUUGCUGGGAAUCCAAAUGUGAUGGUUUGUGAAAGAGGAACCAUGUUUGGAUACAAUGAUUUGAUAGUAGAUCCACGAAACUUUGAAUGGAUGAGGGAAGCUAAUUGUCCUGUUGUUGCUGAUAUAACCCAUGCACUACAGCAACCUGCAGGCAAAAAGUUGGAGGGUGGAGGUGUUGCUAGUGGAGGCCUACGUGAGUUGAUACCCUGCAUUGCAAGAACUGCUGUAGCAGUUGGUGUUGAUGGAAUUUUCAUGGAGGUUCAUGAUGAUCCUCUAAGUGCUCCAGUUGAUGGUCCAACUCAAUGGCCUUUGCGUCAUUUAGAAGAACUCCUAGAGGAGAUCAUUGCCAUUGCUAGGGUCACAAAAGGAAAGCAGCGAUUCCAAAUAGAUCUCACACCGUUCCGCGAUUAGGAUUAAAGAUGCAAGUAAUCUCCGAGGUGAGAGAAGCAAAUGGGCAUAUAUGAUAUGCCUCAUCAUGAAACUGUUAAUAAUCUUUAGAGACCAUGAUAAUGCAUCAUCUGUUUCUUAGACAACAUCUACUUGAGCAAAGAGCAUUGUUUGUUUUUGAUUAAGAGAAACUGUUAUAAACAUAUAAUAACUAUGAUGGAUUCUGUUUA